AUGUCAAAUGAUCCAACAGCGUUAGGAAACAUUAACCUUGAAAUUCCUAACUUUACUGGUGAGAAAGGACCAAUCGAAUACAUAGAAUGGGAGAAUGCUGUUGAAACUCUUUUUGAUUUAAUGCACUAUUCUGAUCUUGCCAAAAUUAGACUAGUUGCUACAUCUUUUAAGGGGUAUGCAGUAUCUUGGUGGCGAAAAAGAAACAGAGAGAGAGUUGCUAAUUUUAUUCCCUACGAAUCUUGGGUUCAAGUAAGGGAAGAUAUGCACCUAACCUUUCGUCCUAAGUCUUUUUUCUAUGAUCUUGAAAGAAAAUUGCAGGGAACGGUGCAAGGAACGAUGUCAGUUGAUGAGUACCACCAAACUAUAAAUAUUUUGCUCAAACAGGGACACAUACACGAAGAAGAGACAAGAACUGUUGCUCGUUUCUUACAUGGAUUGAACUUAGAAAUUCGAGGUGGAAUGAGUAUUCAAAGAUAUGACACCCUUUAUGAAGCCUUGUAUGCUGCACGUGAAUCUGAGGCAAAAAUCAAAGAGAUGAAAAUAUACAAGUCCAACAAUGGUGAAUUAAGAUGGAACAAUAGUCGUUCUACCCCUCAAAGGUGUGAUGAACAUCCUCCUCCAAGAGAUGAUUCACGAGACAAAGGUAAAGAAAAGGUAAGUGAGGUAGUGAGGCCUCAGCGUGAUAGAGAAUUGAUUUGUUAUAGAUGUAAUGAGAGAGGCCACAUGGCUCGUGAUUGCCUUAACAAGAGGGUAGAUAAGAUAACAAAACAAUUUGAAAAAUUUGCUCAUUAUCUUGAAAAUAAGUCUGAGGAUGAGGUAUGUGACCAUUUUGAAACUCCCAAUGAACAUGCUGAGGCGGAACCAUUCAUACCUUUAGAUGUUGAGCCUGAAUAUACUGAUAGUGAGCCUAGUCAUACUCUUGUUCCUAAGGAGGUUUUGAAUGUUCACCCUUUAAAAGAAGAUGAGUCUCAAAGAGAAAAUAUAUUUUGUGCUAAAGGGUCAUUAAGAGGGAAUACUUGUACUGUGGUAAUAGGUUCUGGAAGUUGCACAAGUGUGGCUAGUGCAGCUAUGCUUAGAAUUUUUCAGUUACCUUUGCUUGAUUACCCAAAUCCUUAUCCAUUGCAAUGGUUAUCUGAUGCAAGAGGAGUUGGAGUAACCAAGCAGGUUCUUAUUCCUUUAUCUAUUAACAGUUACUUUGACGAAAUUUUGUGUGAUAUUACCCGAAUGCAGGUUUCUCAUAUCUUGUUAGGUAGACCAUGGAAAUUUGACAUAAAAAUAAGUUAUGAUGGAAUGAGGAACACUUAUGUGUUUCACAUGAAUGGAGUUAGAUAUGUCUUGCCCACUUUGUCUCCUAAACAAGUAGAAGAAAUUCAAUUGAGGUUGACGCAAGCUCUCAAACCAACGUCGAAGAAAGAAGAAAUCAAAGAGAGCAAAGUGGAACCUCUAUGUUUGCAAUUACAGUCGCCAAUCCAAUCCUCUAACUCAGUUUGUAGCCAAACAAAGGGACCACAAUUAGCGAUACAAUUGAAAGGACUAGACCAAGGUGUCAAAGUGGAGCCUCUCUUGGAUAAAGUUAAUUGGAGCAACUCGUGUCAAGCAUCCCAAGAAGAAGUUACAUGA